AUGAAAUAUCUUCGAUGGUAAGGUUAAUAUGGAUAAAAUUUGAAAAAAAUCGGUAAAUGGAAUGCCUUUUGGAAAGGAGAGUUAAUAAAGAAUGUAGGUGGGUAGUACUCAUAAGAUGGAGAAAAAUAAGGUGAAUGGAAAGAAAUUAUUAAUAAAUAGUCGAAGUUAUUUAUUCUAAUAUACUUUCAGUAGUGUAGAAUCGUAUGAAGUUGGAAUUUACCAAAAUAAUAAGAGAAUAGGGAUAUGGAAAUUUUGUUUUGUAAAUAAAGAAAUGUAUGUAUUUAAAAUAUUAAUAUAAAGUUGUAAUGGAUCAUAUAAUGAGCAAGGUUUAAAAUUCGGUAGAUGGGUAGAAUUAAGUAAAAAUUUUGAUAGGUUAUACUUUAUUAUUGAUGAUCAAUUUUUAGUUAUAGUUAAAUUGUUUAUGAGGGGUUCUAUGAUAAUAAUAAAAAAGUUGGUAGAUGGAAUAUUCUUCAUAGAUUAAAUGGGUUGGAUAAGUUUAAGAUUAUGUAUAUUCUAUUUAAUUUCAUUAUUAAUAAUUAAAAGUGGAGGAGGAUUAUAUAAUGAAAAUGGCUUAAAAUUUGGAAAUUGGAUUGAAUUGAUUCCAUUUUAUGGAGAGUAAGAAUAAAUUUAUAUAAAGUUUUAAUUAAGUUAUCUAAUUUGGUAAUUAUAAAAAUGAUAAAAAAAUUGGAAGAUGGGAUAUUAAAUAUUAAAAAAAGGGAAAAUAAAGCUAUUCAAAGAUGUAAAUAAAUAGUAAACAAUAAUAUAGUGGUGGAGGUAGUUAUGACGAAUAAGGGUUAAAAAGUGGUAUUUGGAUAGAAUUGAAUGAUAAUUUUGGAGAGUAUAAUUUUAAUUAUAUUAUUUUAAUUAGCUAUGCUUAAAUACUUUUUGUAGGAUAAUAUUAGCAAAAUGUAAAAAUAGGAAGAUGGGAUAUUUAUUAAGGAACAAAAAUAAAAAAUACUUCCAAUAAAAUGUAUAAUUAUAUUUAAUAUUUUAAACAUCUUUUAGAGGUGGAGGAUUGUAUGAUAAAUAAGGUUAAAAAUAUGGUUUAUGGGAGGAAAUAAGCAAUAAUUUCUUUAAGUAAUUUUUUUAGAUUUAAAUUAGUACAAAUGAAGUAAAGCUUUAAGGCUAAUAUAAAAAUAAUAAGAGAUUAGGUAGAUGGUUUUUUAUAAUGAGAAAUCAAUAGAUGUUUUUAUUUUAUAAUAUUAAGAGAAUAGUGGUGGAGGAUAUUAUAAUGAAUAAGGUUUAAAGGUGGGUUUUUGGGAGGAUGUGAGUGAUAUAUUUUAGAAGUAUCACAUUAUAAAAUAUUUAAUUAGUUAUUCCUAAAUUACUUAUGAAGGAGAGUAUUAUGAUGGCAAAAAAGUUGGUAGUUGGAAUUUGAUAUAUUUCAAAGAAAAAAUGUAUGAAAAUUUAUAAAUAAAUUUAGUGGGGGAGGAUAUUAUAACGAUUAAGGUUUAAAGAACGGUAAAUGGAUAGAAUUGGGAGAUAAUUUUAAAAAGUAAUAAAUUUUUAUAUAUCAUAACACUAUUAGUAAUGUUUAAGAACUUGAAAAUGCUGAAUAUAAAAAUGGUUGGAAGAUUGGAUUAUAAUUUGAAAGAAUAGCAGGAUUUUUUGAUAAAUUUAGCUUUAGAUUCGUAAAAGUUUACAUCUAAAUAUAAUAAUGA